AUGGCUCCUUAUGAGGCCUUAUAUGGAAGACCAUGCAGAUCGCCAUUGUGUUGGGCAGAACCAGAUGAUCAUGAAUUUGAGUUUGAUGUUGGUGAUUAUGUCUUCUUGAAAGUUACUCUUAUGCGCGGUGUAAUGAGAUUUGGAGUGAAGGGUAAGCUAGCCCCGAGGUGUAUUGGACCUUUUGAGGUUAUCGAGAGGAUUGGGGAGGUCGCUUACCGAUUAAACUUAUCAAGACAAUUGGGACAUGUUCAUAAUGUAUUCCAUGUGUCUAUGUUGAGGAAGUGUACUCCAGAUCCGUCACAUGUUAUGGAGUAUGAGGCUAUCCCUCUUCAGGAAGAUGUGACUUAUGAAGAACAACCUGUCAAAAUCUUGGCGAGAGAGCUAAAAGUGUUAAGGAACAGAGAGAUUCCAGUAGUCAAGGUCUUAUAG